GCAGUGACACCAUUCGGGUCCCGGAGUGUCACAAUCAAAGGACACAGCAGCUCAAGUGUGGCAGACAGUGAAAAUAACCCCUCCACGUGCGUCCUCACAAGGAGGAAGAUGAGAUAAAGCUGCUCAGAUGGAGGCCAGUUCCAGCAGCUUCAAGAAGCUCAAGUUUGGGAAGCUGAAGGUGGUGCGUCAGCACUUGCUCCAGCGCUAUGAGCAUCAGCCCUUCGUCUCCUGCCUGGCUGGUUUCUACAGCUGCCAGUGGAAGCGGUACCAGCACAGAAGGGCCGAGCCUGGGAAAUGCUGCUGCAAGAUGCGGGAAUGCAUGUUUUUCCCAUUGCUUGUUGGAGCUUUCUUUUUUUCUCUGGUCUUUCUGUACCUGUGUGGGGAAGCGAAAAAUGACUACAAUAACUUUGACUGGUAUAACUAUGAGACCCUGGGCUUCUGGUUCCUCUGGUCUCUGGUUCUCCUGAGCGUGGCUGCACUCUUGUUCACGUACAUCACACUGUUAUUGGUCCUGGCACUGUGUUUGCUUGCAGAAGGCCAGCAGCUGUACCUACACUGGAGUCACAAGAUCGGGACUUUAAUUGUGCUGACCUGCUCUGUGACAGCCCUCUUUGUGUUAUCGGUACUCUGGGGAGAUCAAUGGAAAACUGUCCGUCUGUCGCUCCAGAUCACAGCUCCCUAUCUCCAUGUAGGAGCAAUAGCCAUCAUGGUCCUCCUGUCCUGGCCUGUGGCUUUUCAUGCCAUCAGAGCAGAUAAGAAAGUUAUUCAGGUGAUAAUUGUUGGUCCAUACGUGGCUAUCCUUCUCUUUCUUUUCUUGAUACCUCUGGGGAUGUACUCUCCUUGCAUCAGGCAGAUGGGGACACUUGGACCAAAGCCAGACCUCAUUGGACACCGUGGAGCACCAAUGCUGGCACCAGAAAACACUGAGAUGUCAUUUCAGAAGACAAUUGAACAUGGUGGGGCUGGUCUUGAAACAGAUGUUACCAUUAGCUAUGAUGGGGUUCCUUUCCUCAUGCAUGACAAAACCUUGAGGAGAACAACUAACAUCAAGGAGGUCUACCCCAAUGACGUUACUAAAAAUGCUGCGUUUUUCUCUUGGGAUACCUUGCAGAAGUUGAAUGCUGGAAAGUGGUUCCUUAAGGACAAACCAUUUUUAUCCAUCCGCUUACUGUCAAAGGCAGACAAAAGCUGGGCAAUGAAUCAGACAAUUUACAAACUAAGUGAUUUCUUGAGCCUCGCUGAGAGUCACAAUAAAUAUGUGAUAUUUGACCUCUACCGCCCUCCAGAUAAACAUCCUUACAGGGACUUAUGGAUCAACAGAACGCUGGAAGUCAUCUACGAGUCAGGGAUUAGACCCCAUCUGGUCCUAUGGCUGGAGAACAGCAUGAGGUCCUUUGUUCACUCUGUUGCUCCUGGGUUUCAGCAGACAAGGGGCAGCAAGGCCCCAAUCGAAGACCUAUUGAUGAGCAAUAUUGUCAAACUCAAUCUGGCCUACAGUGAAAUGUCCAGUGAAGAUAUCCGGAAAUACGCUGAAGCAAACAUCACCACCAACUUAUAUGUGAUCAAUGAGCCAUGGCUUUUCUCCCUGGCGUGGUGCUGUGGAGCACACUCUGUGACCACCAAUGCCGUCCACAUACUGAAGAAUCUCAGCCAGCCACUCUUCCUCAUGACUCCGAAGCAGUACAACAUCAUGUGGAUCCUGACAGAUCUGACCUCUAUGCUCCUCAUCUCACUCAUCUUUGCUCUGCACUGGUGGCGAGAGCGGAGUUUCUCUUGCUGUGGCAAAGACGAUGACCCGAUGCUGGAGAAUGGCACCUACAACAAGUUCAAGACAGAGCUUGACAACAUGCCUAAUGUCACAGUCUGACAGCAAGCAGGGAGGGAUGUGGACCUGCUACCUUGAUGAGGACUGGACAGCAGACCAUCCCCUUCCUGCAAUGCAAACACUAACCUGCCAAGAGGGGCUUAUAUCCCUGGUGACAAGGAGCCAUUUGCUUUUGUGACUCUGCUGAACAUGAGCUGCAAGCUUCCUCUCCUAUAGUUGUUCUUGCAAUCCAUGCCUGGGGUGCAGGGGAACACAGAUGGAGUUUCAGCCAUGAAGAAGCUGUGCACCAUGAUGAGAUGCAGGAACCACAUGGGAGUCACCAUUUACCUCUGGGAUCAUUGGCAUCCCACAGUACAGUCAUCCUGUAAUUCCUCCUGCUGUGCAUAAGCCCUCUAUUUCCACAGCUGCAUGCUGCAGAUGUGCUGCAACAUCUGGGCAUCAUCCAGUCCUCCUCCAUGUUUCUUCUGUUAGAGCAACCUCUUCUCCAUACAUUCCCUUCCUCCUUCUCUGAGACCACGUUAAGCCCCACCACGAUGGUCAAGUGAUGCUGGCUGGGUCACUAGAUCCAUUCCUUUCCAUAACACAGACAAGGGGCACUGAGGUUUUCCUUCUCCCCACUCUUGCCCUGCCACAGACUCUAACAGGACAGCCUCUUCCCCUUGGCUGUGGCCAAGGACAUAUCUUUCCAUGGGUGCUGAAGGACUUUUUUGGUGCCUUGGCCAUGUAGCUGCUGGGACUAUAACCAAAACCACACCACUUUUCUGCAGAAGACUUGAGCUGCAUGUGAAUUGGUCCCACCAAGUGUCCUGUUUGCUUUUCCAUUGGGAAGGUCUGUAUACCUGUGUUGCAUCCUGGGCUUGAUUCCCAUUUUCAUCUCUCCCAGUGGCUGCUGGCACACAGCAGGGAGGGGAGUCUAUGCCUUGCUCUGCAAGGGAGGUGUGAGCCUCUCCCAGGUUUAAGCCAUAAAUUUCUACUUGUACAGAUAAUAAGAACACACUUUUUGUAAGUUUUAAGUGCUGUUAUAAAUAUGUUUUAGCUCUCC